AAGAGAGUCACUGCUUACUGUCACAAAUCAGUGUAAAGUUGACAUCAUUAGAAAACAUUUUUUAUUUAACAAAUAAAUUUUAAAAAAUCCAUAAGGUAUCUAAUCCGAUUUCUUUAUAAAAAUAAAAAAAUGGACGCACUAGAUCUAAUUGAAAAACGCAUCGACUCACUAAAUCGUGUAUUGGGUCCAAUUCCGGAUAACGAUGUUAAAGGUAGUGAAAAUUUCGUGGAUUCCCUUCUCUCGGCAAACACACUCCUUUCAUCUGUUUUGGCUGGUCGUGAUAACAUAAACAAGGUCUUGCAACGUACGGAUGAGCUUGAACAUUAUUUGGAUCCAAACUACCUUGAGGAAACUCAACAAGUCAAAGCUAAGGAAGUGUAUGUGAAUGCGGUUGCUCCAGAGAUCGCGACGAGCUUCAAACAAUUGUCUGAAAUAAAGGCCCUCGAAAAAACACUGGGUGCUGAAUAUUUUCGUAAUAUUCCCGACAAAACAGACGAGCUCAAGGAAUUGACAAAAAACAACACUGAGUACAAGCAACAAACUGAACUCAUCGAAGAAAGCCUUAUUCUGGCUAUGAAACGCUAUGGAGAACUUCAACAAGGAUUGGUUGAAUCGUUAGCCGCAAUGAACAAAAGACUUGACACGCUGGAGGAGAAGCUACAAAAGAAAAAGAACGCUGACAUCGACAUGGUUCCAGUAGAAUAAAAAGAAAGAAACAUGAAUUAAUUGGUUUUCUGUUUUCUUUAUAUUUAUUCCUUCACAAAUUCUCUUUUUUACAUUAAGAAAUAUUUAUAUGUUUUAUUUCUAACACUACAAUCAUAUUUUUUAUUUCAACUUUAAUUGCUUCAGAAAGAAAACUUAUUUGAUUGUAUAAUUAAAGAUUCCAAGGAGAGAUAGAAAUGUUGGAGAAAUAAAAAGUACUUUUUGUUUGGAAAAUGUA